UUGACGAAACGUUUGAACAAGAAAAGACCAACGUGGAAUCCAAGAACGACGUCCAGAAUCCGGCCUCGGAAGAAGGCCGAGAAGAGCCGGUCAACGACGACGCCCCGCUAAGCCAGGAAGAGCGGGAAAACAAGGAUUACCUCAAAUCUUUAUUUGAGAUUUUAAUCCUCAUGGGCAAACAAAACAUCCCUCUGGAUGGCCACAACGGUGACGAGCUCCCCGAGGACAUUUUCACCCCGGACAAUUUCCAAGCCCUCUUGGAAUUCCGCAUCAAUUCCGGAGACGAAGUUCUGAGGAAACAGUUCGAGACCACCGCCGUGAACCUGGCCUAUUGCUCGCAAACCCAACAGAAGCAAAUGCUGGAGAUUUGCGAGAAUUGCGUGCGAGAGGAAAUGCUGAGGGAGGUGAGGGACUCUCAGUUCUUCUCCAUCGUCACCGACGAAGUGGUGGACUUGGCGGGCGAGGAGCACUUGCCGAUCCUGGUGAGAUUUGUGGACGACGCUCACAACUUGCGGGAGGAAUUCAUCGGCUUCCUCCCUUACGAAGCCGACCCGGAAAUUUUAGCGGUGAAGUUCCACACCACCAUUACCGAAAAGUGGGGCUUAAACAUGGAAUAUUGUAGAGGUCAAGCCUAUGUGGUCUCCAGUGGGUUUGCUUCUAAAAUGAAGACGGUGGCCACGAGGAUCUUGGAAAAGUACCCUCAGGCCAUUUACACGUUGUCUUCCUCGUGUGCCUUGAACCUCUGGCUGGCCAAGUCGGUUCCCGUUCUUGGCGUUUCGGUGGCGCUGGGAACCAUGGAGGAGGUGUGCUGCUUCUUCCUGCAGUCCCCUCAGAUGUUGGCUGGCUUGGACAAUAUCAUCUCCAUCCUGUUUCACAACAGCGAGGAGAAAGGGAAUUUGCUAAAGGAGAUCGCCCGUUCUCCCUGGACGGGACGCCACGACAAUUUUGAGAUUGUGGUUGAUCUCGUCCAGGCUCUGGUGCUCUGCUUGGACAGCGUCAACGAAGCCUCCAUGCCGUGGAACAGCUCCCUGGUGGGACAAGCCAACAUCCUCUCCAUGGCCCUGGCGAAUUUUGACUUCGUGGUCACGGUGGUGAUCAUCAAGAACAUUCUCUCCUUCACCAGAGCUUUUGGGAAGAAUCUCCAGGGCCAAACGUCCGACGUUUUCUUUGCGGCCAGCAGCUUGACGGCCGUCCUGCAUUCCCUCAACGAGGUGAUGGAGAACAUUGAGGUGUAUCACGAGUUCUGGUUUGAGGAAGCCACCAACUUGGCCGCCAAACUGGACCUUCCCAUUAAGUUGCCCGGGAAGUUCUGCCGAACCCAACAGGGAAAUAUGGAUUCUGAGAUCACGCCGGAGAAUUACUACAAAGAAGCCCUCAGCAUCCCAACGGUGGAACACAUCAUCCAGGAGUUGAAGGAUAUCUUCUCCGAACAGCACUUGAAGGCCCUCAAGUGCUUGUCUCUAGUGCCUUCGGUCAUGGGGCAGCUCAAAUUCAAUACCUCCGAGGAACAUCACGCCGAUAUGUACAAGAACGACCUCACCAACCCGGAUACGCUCUCAGCGGAGCUCCACUGCUGGAGAAUCAAGUGGAAGCACCGCGGAAAGGACAUUGAACUUCCCACCACCAUCUACGAAACCCUCCACCUGCCGGACAUCAAGUUUUUCCCCAACGUCUACUCGCUGCUGAAGGUCCUCUGCAUCCUGCCCAUCAUGAAAGUGGAGACCGAGAAGUUUGAAAUCGGCCGACGGCGCUUGAAGGCCUACCUCAAGAACACGGUCACCAAGCAGCGCUCCAACAACUUGGCCCUGUUGAACAUAAACUUUGACAUUAAGCACGACUUGGACUUAAUGGUUGACACCUACAUGAAGCUCUAUCCCGAGAAAGCCGAAUUUCAAGAGGAAUUUCUUCCGGCCCGCAAUUCCGAGCAGAUCCAAGAGGCGUAA